ACUUUGAAAAGAGACUGCGUAUCGGAUCGCAUCCGAACACAACUUGACGAAGUAGCUACUUUGGAAUUAUACACUCGUCGAUUUUUCAAACGUUCUUGAUUUAUCUUGACAAGUAACAUUCCAACAAUGGCUGAGACCGAAACAAUGACAGAUGAAGAAAGACAACGUGCAGAAGAAAAGCGUCAGGAGUUUAUCGUCGAGGUAGAAGAAGCGAGGAAUGAAAUCAAGAAAGUAAUUGAUCAGUAUGACUCUGAGAUCAAUGUCAUCCAGGAGCGAAGGGCCAGUCGUCGUGCUGAGCAAGCGAUGUGGCUGGAUAGAAUAAAAAAGAGUGAGGAAGCGCGCCGACUACGACAAGAGGAGGAGAACCGUCGCAUCAGGGAGGCGCAGGAGAAGAAGAAGAGGGAGAGAGAGGAAAGGAAACGUGCCAUGCAAAAUCCAAACAAAUUCCAGCCAGUCAUCCAGGAUGAGCGUGUUCGCUUCGCUAAGAUGACACCAGCCGAACUAAAGAAGGAGAAAGAAGAGACCCUUGCCAAACGCGUUCCUGUCCUCGACCCCGAGAGCAUGUCCUCGGAGGAAGGCAUGAAAGCCAUGGCCACCGAACUCCAUGCCAAGAUCAUGAAGGCCUUCGGAUCGCUCUUCGAUCUCCAGGAGAAGGAGAAGCGCCAGAAAUACGACAUCAAGGAGUUGACAUCGAGAAUCGAAUCAAUCCAGGAGGAUAAAUUGAAGGCGGCAGCCAUGGCGCGCAGCUAAGAGCACUGAGGGAACGAUUAAAACAAACCUUACAUCUUGUUUGGGGAAGUCAGCGGUGAGGAGUGAAGCUUUGCAAAUUAAAGCCCGUCAUCUGUUUGAACAAGCCAUUCAUUUUCCUUCAACGCUAUAUCACUAUUUUAAAAAUGGAGUCGUAACUUUGAUUGUUUUGCGUUGGUUUUUUGAAACCAAAGACCCAAUACCAGUAUAUUUUCCUGCUUCCUUUUAUCUACUGUUUGUCGAUUACUUUAUUUUCUAACCUGGAACCUUCUGGAACUUCGUGUGUUUCCAUAACAUUGACUUUCAUGCCCGGAAUUCAUUUCCAAAUCUCUGUCUUGGACAGAAUCUUUCGCCGAUUCAUUAUUGUAUUGAUUAAAACAUGAAACUUUUCAAAACAAGCAUAUGAAAGUCGCCGCACACCUUACGAUUGGUCUGCGACCCGAUUUUUUAAUAAAACGGAGUAAAAUUUGAUGCGAAUAUUAAAGGGGGUACUCCGGGCAGAAAAUAAUUAUAUAUAAAUAAAUAGAGUAAAAUUCAUGGAGCAAAAUGCUGAAAAUUUCAUCAAAAUCUGAUAUCAAAGUUAUUGAAUUUUAAAGUUCAGCUAUAUUUUGUGAAAACAGUUGUAUGCACGUCGUCAUGAAUAUUAAUUAGGUGGGCUGAUGAUGCCACAUCCCCACUUUUCUUAUGUUAUCACAUGAAAUCAUAAUUAUUUUAUUUUUCCAUAGGUGUGUGAAUGAUACAUGUAUAUAUCCCCUUAUAACAAAAUGAGUUGCAGCCAUGAAUAUCUAAUUUAUUAAAGCAGUUGUCAAUCCAUUUUUUCGUUCUUGGAGGGAAAAAAGGAAUAAACAUAAUUUAAUGUAAUAAAAUACAAAAGAACAAGUUGGGAUAUGACAUCAUCAGUUUGCUCAUCGAAUAUUCAUGACGACUCGCAUGAAACUGUUUCACCCAAAUACUGCAAAUCUUUAAACUGUCAUAACUUUAUUAUUCCUCGCCGAUUUUGAUCAAAUUUUCAGGGUUUGGGUUGUCUGAUUUUUCUUUAUCUGUUCAAAUCAUAUCAUUUUCGGCCUGGAUUACCCCUUUAAGUCUUGAAAAUAAAAAUCAUCGCACGAAUAGUUAUCUAGACCACGCUACCACCCUUAUAAGAAUAAUAAAAAAUCACACCGAACUGAUCGUACGAUUGUCUUCGGUAUGAAACGAAGUUGGCCUUUACUGAAUAAAUGGGGCUUAAUUGCAGUCACCCAAAAUUGAUUUAUUGGUAUUCUUACAGUUAAUUUGAACCUCAGAUACAAAGAAAUUUCCAUUCAUAUUUUUAGAAAAUAAGCAAAAUGCGAUUUUUUUUCUUUAAAAACUGGAUCGUAGACCAGUCGUACAGGUGCUCGAACGCCGCGGAGGCCAUAAUAUGCAUAAUUCUUUAGUCCGCAGCACAUUAUACGAUCCAAUGAUGGCCCAAUAUCCAUGAUAUUUAACAAUUUGCAUUAUUUUCAAUAUAACAUUCAAGAAGUAAUAUUAGACUUUUUGUAUAAUGUUAUUGGCCUAAUACCAGUCUUUGGUUAGGCCCUAUACCGUUGAGUUCAUAUGCAUGGGAAGCUAGUCAUCAACAUAAUGUCGUUCGACAACCUGCCUCGAGUGGCACAUGAAAGUUAUAAUUAUUGUUUUGUCCCCCGGGUGACCCUCAUGAUUAAUAUGAGCAAAAUUACACACCAAAAAGCGAGUCAUUGUACAUAUUUAAUUUAUCUUUAUUUGUACCAAGACACAUUUUAAAAUGACAUGACACAAAAGAAUAAUUGUGAUUCACAUAGCUGUGUCAUUGGGAUACUCGUGUCUCAUAUAUAAGUGCUUCAUGUGACACAUGUAUCAUAUGACCCAAUGGCUGUUCAAUAAUCAUUUGACCCAUGACGUGCCAUUUGACUCAGUUUGGUGUGUCAUUUGACCCUCACUUAUUUUACAGGGACUUACCUGCAUGGGGACAAGUCAAAGAGUUAUUUGACCUAGAUAAGUUUUCUGUGUGGCUUUGAAGCGCAGGUAUUGAACUGUUACUAUGGUAACUGUCGGAUAAUACAGACUUUUGCCGAAUAAAACAACUGACAAGUCGUCGCACGAAAGACUAUCUUAUUCGUUUCUUUUCUAAGUUUUCAAUCCAAUUUCAAUUUCAUUUUCAAUUCCAUUUCAAUUCCAAUUCAAUUGCAUUCAUUUCCACGAUCCAUCAAAAGCAAGCAAAAUCGUAGACCCUUACAAUUAAAAAAAAAAGGUCGACAACAAUGAAACAACUGCUCCUAAAUCGAAAUUUGAGAAUCAGUUGAAGGAAAUGUAUCAUGCAUAUGACUAUGGACAUGGUGUAUAAAGAUAAGAAAAGCCCAAAAUAUAUUGAAUGACUUGAAUUGAAUUGAAAACUGAAUUGAGAUUUAUAGGCCUACGUCUGAAGUUGAGCCUAUAUUGAAUACAUAUGUUGAAUAAUUGCCAAUAUUCUGAGAAAACAACACUUAGAAUUACUUCAUGCAUGUGACGUCACGAAAUUAACACUCUGAAAAUACGUGACGUUUAAUUUUUAACGAAUUUUACCAACAUUCAAUAAUGUUAUCUUCUGAUAUUUCUCUUUCUUUUACAUUUUCAUUUCACGUAUCAUGUAUUGAUGUAUUUAUCAGAAAAGUAUUUUUAUCUAAGAUGUGUUUGAGUGAAUUUAAAAAUCAGUCUUAUAAUUCUGAUAACAAACUGGUGCGUUACAAAAAAAAAAAUAUUGGGUUAGGGAUAGUUGUUGCCAGGCCAUCGUUUUAUCUCAAUAAAACAAUUCAGUUCCAAAUUCUCUGUGUCAUUGUCUUAUAGUCGUACUUUGAACGGCCCCUAUUCUAAUUAAAGGGGUAGUUCACCCUAAAGAAAAAUUUGUUGUAAAAAUAACAGAAAAAAAAUAUAUAUUGGUGAAGGUUUGGGGAAAAUCCAUGAAAGACUAAGAAAGUUAUUAAAAUUUUAAUUUUUUGAUUUGUGACGUCAUAGACGAGCAGUUGCCCCAUUUGUUAUGCAACAUGAAAUGAAUAAAUUCAAAUUUUUAAUGGUUCGUGAUAA